AUGAAUGAUUUUAUUUAACGAAUAGAGAGAGAAAUCAUUAAAUUUAAUGACAUCUAAUCUGUUCUAAUGAGGUUGGUAUAGUCUAAAUUCAUGAUCUAAAUUAAGUCUCUCUUUGAAUCAAUCUUUUAAACUGAACGAUCACAUAUUAUGACUGUAUUAAACAAAUAGCAAAAAGACAAAAUAGUUGAUUCUUAUGUACUUAAUUUAAAUAUACUCAAAUAAAAUCUGAAAGUCAUUACAAAUGUAGUUAUAGAUGAGAUUUAUUCAGAUUUUAAAAGUUAAGUUACUGAUCUAAAAUAAUCUUCUGUAGGAGUAACUAACAAUAAUAAUACACAAUUAAUUACUAUAUUUGAAUAAUCAGAUGAAAAAGAUUAAAAAUAAUUGAGUCAGAGAUGUUAUACUGAGACCAAUAUCAAAAAAUAAUUCUAGCAUAUGCCAUUAAGUAAAUUAACACUAAAAUGUUUAUUGAAAAAGUGA